UAUGUAGAAAGAAAAGUGUUUUUCCGUAGGUCUAGUUAGAUAGAUGCGUGUUCGAAGUUAAAGUUAUCCUCAUCGCCAUUUAUUUGUCACAUAAAUAAAAAGAAAUUAAAUGAUCAAAUAAAAUCAUUUAAUUAAUUUUCAAUUGUUAUUAAUUCCUUUGUAGUUAAUUUUGCAUUUUUCCACACUCAUUCGUCUGUCAAAUACACGUGCCCUCACUUCCAAACGACCGAACGAUUCCCAGUUAGAAAAGUAAAAGAAAAAAAAAAAACGAAAAUUAGAAUUUCUGUGUAUCGCUAAAGGCGAAAGAAAAAAUAAAAAACGCAAAAGUGGAUUCCGUAAAGGUUGAAGACUUGAUGGACUCUGAUCCUGACAUCGAGUUCAUUGAAAACGAAAAGGACAGUGGAAUGUCUUCGCUGGGCGGAAGCAAGGAUGAAACUCCAGAACGAAAAGCCGUAGUAAAUAAAACUACUAGCAAUCCAGAUGUCGAGAAUUACGAAGACGAACCCGACGAAUCAUUCGUUGAGCGAUUGUGGGGCUUAACAGAAAUGUUUCCCGAGCCAGUGCGAAAAGUUGUUGGAGCUGUAACCGACACAACUUUGAGCGGUGUCAAGGGAUUAUAUUGCUUUUCUUGCAAUGCAACAUGGAUUAUAUUUAGUACAUCGGUGAUUUUAUUUGCGCCAGUAAUAUUUGAGACUGAACGCGCCACAAUGGAAGAAAUGCAAAAAUCACAACAGAAGCAAGUUCUCUUGGGGCCAGGUUCAGCAAUAGCAGCUGGAGGUGGUGGAGCUCUAAUGCCUCCAAUGCAACGAUAAUAAUUUAAAACUCUUAAUCAUUAAUUUUGUUAUCACUUUUUGUUCUAUUUUUUUUUUUUUUUUAAUUCGAUAUAUAUUAUACAUUAAUAAUUACAAUAUAUAAUAUAUAUGAUCACACAAUCAUAUAUAAGGGUCUCACGUAAUGUGAGAUAAAUACAUUUAAUUAAAUUGACGACUUUCAAUUAAAAAAGAUAAAAAAAACCAUUAACAACAUAAUUGGUCAGGUCUGUUUGUGUUUAUACACUCGCUAGAACGCUUUCAGAGCGUUCUUAAACUUUACAUUUUUUUUAUUGAGCGCUCAGGACAGUUUUGAUUUUUUGUCUAAGUAUGUCCUAGCGCAUUGUGGUUAAGCCAAGCAGAACUGAUAUUUUGUUAAAAAAAAGAACUCCAACAAAUUCACUAAAAGAAAUAGGUUCUAAUGAUUACUUAAAUAUUUUUGUCAGCUUAAUGUUUGAUUAAAAGCGAAGGAGCCAGUUUGAAUAGAAUACAGAUACAAAAAUAAUUUGGUAUUGGCUAAGUACUUUAUAAAGUUAGGUUAGUUAAAAGCUGACCAAAAUAUUUAAGCCACACAUUCAUCCUUAUUUACCAUUAUAUUAAGCCUAGUAGAAACAAAAUUAGAGUUGCAAAUUAGAAAAGAAAUAAAAAAGAUGUAAUCUGCAUUUCUAUUGAUGAUACAGUUAAUGUUAAAAGGCAACCAAAGGAAAAUUUAUGAAAUUAUCUAUGAAAAACUGCAAAACAUAAAAAUAAAAAAAAAUUAUUAAAAUUACCCCAUUAUAGUAAUCUAAUUGAACUUUAUUCUAAGGAAUAAGCGAAUAAAAAUAAAAGUUUUAGAUCAAAAAUG